GUCAGUCAUUCCCCUCCUCGUGCCUCCUUCUACUAUCGCUAGAAGAGUCGCUCGGGCGAAAAAAAAACUACAAAAGUCCAACUGACUGACCUACGGACGGCAAACUUUCUCCUAACACCAAUACCUCGAAGAAAUGGAGCUGGGAUUAUGGAAUUAAAGCAAGGAGCUCUUGCGAUGGGGAUUUUACUGCUGGAACUGCUGCUUUGUUGUAGUCUGACGGUGAUUCGUGGUUCUCCCUUGCUGCUCUUUGCCAACCGGCGGGAUGUUCGGCUGGUGGACGCUGAGGCGGGCCGGACGGAGUCCACCGUGGUUGUCGGUGAUCUUGAGGAUGCGGCCGCAGUGGACUUCCUCUUCUCAGAGGGCCUGAUAUUCUGGACGGACGUCAGUGAAGAGGCCAUCAAACAGACCUACUACAACCUCUCUACUAUCUCUAUGAAGGAGGGCACACUGGGCAGAGGGCAGACAGUGGUGGUAUCAGGUCUGGAUUCUCCCGAUGGCUUAGCCUGCGACUGGCUCGGACACAAACUCUACUGGACCGACUCGGAGACGAACCGCAUUGAAGUGGCCAACUUGGAUGGCACCUCUCGCAAGGUGCUCUUCUGGCAAGAUCUCGACCAACCCAGGGCGAUAGCGUUAAACCCUGCUCAAAGGUACUUGUAUUGGACCGACUGGGGGGAGGAGCCAAGAAUAGAAAGGGCGGGAAUGGAUGGCUGCAAUCGACAAAUCAUUGUCCAGACGCAAAUAUACUGGCCCAAUGGAUUGACCAUUGACCUCGAGGAGCAGAAACUCUACUGGGCGGAUGCAAAGCUCAGCUUCAUCCACAGGGCCAACUUGGACGGAACAGCUCGGGAGGCCGUUGUGGAGGGUUCCCUCACUCACCCGUUUGCCCUCACUCUUUAUGAAGAGACGCUCUACUGGACAGACUGGCAAACCCGAUCCAUCCACGCCUGCAACAAACAUAGCGGAGAGAAUCGGAGAGAAAUUCUUAGCAGCAUUUACUCACCAAUGGACAUCCAGGUGCUGGGCCAAGAGCGGCAGCCCAACAGUGAGUCUACACGUCUCAAAAACUCAAAAAACUGGUUGAUAGAUGUUGG